AUGACGAGGAACCAUGCGAAACUAGGACUUGAAACACCACCGCUCUCCCCGACCGUAGCAAAGGAGAUCACGUUACGGGGCCACCUGCAGGAGGUGCUGGACAAACUGCCACAAGACCUCCCGACAUACCAUCAUGAAGAGCUUCUCGGUAAACAUCAACAACAUACUUCUUGUAUAUAUCUAACUCUCGCACUAGAUGGGCUUUGUUUCUUACUUCAUAGCCCGCUCUUCUAUUACGCCGUCAGUCCACGCAUACGGCGAGAGGAACAGAAAGCCCGGUCCUCUGAAACCAACGCCGCAACAACUCAGACACCAAUUGUCAAGAACGCUCAUGAAGGUGUCAUUCGAGAACCAGCCACCUAUCUCGCACUGUCUAAGCUAUGCAUAGACAUCAAGCAGGAAGAGAACGGCUGGGUUACCCGCCUCCUGUACAACAAUGCCAUACUUAUUGAGGGGCGCGAUCUAUGCAAGGAAGAAGACUCUUCGUUCAUCACGAGUUUCCGCUUCUUCUGCGAGGAAGUGGAGUUCUUGAGCAGCGAGUUUAGGUCGAGGGAGCGUGCUGGAGCUAUUUUGCGUGGUGCUGUGAGCGAGCAGGAUCCAUUCGGAGAGGAAGAAACGGCGUAUUCUCAAGCUGAGGGUAAGAGUCAAAAUACUGCAUGGUAG